AUGGUUGGCUUUUGGCGCCAACUCAACUUUUUGCUAUGGAAGUGUGUACUCGUUCGGAGGCGCCAGAAAGUGAGCCGGAAGUCUGGAGAACCGGCGAAAACAAAACAUUUCAGUUCUGGCUCGCCGUCGAACUCAUCGUGCCGUGCAUUCUAUUCAUUAUUAUAGCGCUGGUUAGGCUCAAAGACUUUUCCGAAGGAAUGGAACAGUGUGAGUCGAUGAGAUUGAUGUACCUCGUGCAAGUUUGUCACGUUAAUGCUCUACAGUAGUCUGGGGUGCGAUCUUCUGCUGUGUUUUCAGCGAAGAAAUUUGAAACAAGGGGUAUUUUUGAGGGAGUGGACACAGUGACGUAGAAUUGCAGACAAACACCGUAACUGACGCGCAUAUUUUCGAGAAAAACCGAUUUUUACCGGUGCAAUACUGGGUUUCAACCGUUUUUCCACAUAUCUUGUCCCAAAAGAAGGGUGCCAAUACCGUUCAUUCAAAAUUAUAUCUCAAUGUCCAGAAAAAAAUAUCAACAACUUGUCACCUAAUAAAUUACAUUUAAUUGAUUUCCAGGUCACUACGACUCGAAAGGCCUGCUCUCCGCCGGUCUCCUUCCCUUCGUCCACUCGUUUUUCUGCUCAUUCUCCAACCGUUGCAACAGAUCGCCGACCACCGGAGACGAGGCGCACUUCCUCUUCAACGAUGACGGCGAGCUCACCAGAAAUGAAUCGAUGUGAGUUGUGAUCGAAGCAAAUUUUACAUUACCUAUACAAUUCUCCAGAAUCGUCGACGCUAUCUACUACUCGUCCCUCCAGCUUCGGUGGAUUGGAAAGAACCCGAAAAAGUUUGAGGAAAUUACGAAAAGCGGCGCGGAAAUCAUUCACUGGCUGGCUGGAAAGUCCCAAGACUCCACUGAAAUGAUUCGUCUCGCGGAUCUUUUCGACGAUGCGACUCGCGAGAAUCUGACAAAGUCACUGAACAACACGGGACUCCGGAUGGAAACCGCCCGCAAACUCUUGAACGUUUCCAUCGAACCGGGCGCUCUGGAGGUGUACAGCGUGCUUCGCAACGAGCUCACUUUCACCGAUCUGCUCUUUUCGAAUCCGCUGUUUUGUGAUGAACGCAUGUUCGAAAAGGCGUUUUCGUUUGAGAAAGGGCAAGAGAUGACGGACGACGAGCGAGACGAGUUGUGCGAUAUCUUGACGCCGGGAGAGCUCAUGGACUUUCGGAGUUUCAUGAGCGCGGCCACAAUGCCCACGCCCUCCAGAACGCGUGUCACCACUUUUCUCUCUUCCGUUCAGACUCUCUUCGAGCCCACUCUUAUUUUCUUCCAAAAAUACUCUAACUAUACCACCGACCAGCUCCUGCUCGCUCUGUUCUGUGGCGAAGAUCCUCGAGGUGAGCAAGUGCGCUCUGGUGCGAAACGAGUCUGUUUUUAGCGGUCAUCGAACAAACCAUCAAUCCGAACAACGAUAAGACAGUCGAGACGCCGUUUGAGAAGCUCAGAAAGAAAAUUAUCAAGUGAGUACAAUUACUGUGCUCUCAUUUUUCUGUUUCUGCUGCAGAUUCAUCCAAACAGUGACGCCCGGGAAGGAGCAGGAGCGGAACAGCACGUGCGCUCCAGUUCCUUUCCAUUCAGACAUGAACUGUUCGUCUCUCGAAAGUCCGAUUCUGAUGAAAGUGCGCGCGGCGCUGUCCGGCUACAUUCUGGUGACUCCUGACAAUGCGGCGACCCGAAGAGUCAUCGACAGGGUUCGAGAACUUCAAAGCACGGACCUUUACCGUCUUUUUCCAGCUGAAUCAACCUCUGCGCGACCUGGAAUACAUUCGGAACCUCCUCUAUUCCUAUCCGUCCGAAGCGCUGACUCUCCAAGAUCGUCUUCAUUCUUCGGACCUCUGGCCAGCUUCUCAGGUACCGUAUGCCUUUUUAGUUAUUUGAAGUAUGUCAGCAGCUCUCAGAAACUUCUCCACUGGAUUGACAUCUACAAAGACGGCCAGAAUGCGUUGAACAACAAGAACGUGCGAUUCAUUCUCGAGCACUUGUUCGGUCCGUCUUCAGACAAAUACAGUUUCGGAAGAAUCACCAAAGACGUGGCAGACGUUGCGAACAAGUAUACUGGGGUACUGUAGACAGGGGAAACUGUAGAAAAGGAAUGAUUUUUUUUAGUGUCUCCUGGUGGACAGGUUCCGAUUUGUGGCGAAUGAGAAGGAUUUGGAGACGGUGAGUGGACCAACGCAAUCCUGGACACCCUCAAAUUAUUGCAGAAUGCCGUGUGCCUGAUGGAAAUGCAUCAGUAUUUCACCGGAAUCGUAUUCCACAUAGAUCCAAACGCAUCCACUUUCGACAACUUUACCACAUACAAAAUCAGACAUUAUCCGGAUAUGAUUGACUGUAAGUGCUGCUAAGCAGAUACUGUAAUAGAAUACCGUCUAUUCAAGACGAUUUAUCUCAGCUGCUGAUGGAUAUAUCAAAAAGUUGCCAACUGAUGAGAGAUGCGCAUUGUGUUUCUAAAUAUUUUAUCAGUUGACUACUUGUUGAUAUUUCUUUAAGCAGCUGAGAUAUAUCGUGGUGAAUAAACAAAACGUUGUAAUUUGCAGCCACCACUAGUUUCAUGGACAGCAAGAGCAACCCGUUCAGUCGUGACAAACCACUAAUCGACUUGAAGUACCUCACCUUUGGCUUCUCGUUUUUGCAAGAAGCCGUCGAUCGUGCGAUCAUAAGCGAGCGGACCAACAUCUCCGACGCGAAUUUCGGAGUCUAUGCCCAACAGGAACCGUAUCCGUGCACGGUCAAAGACACGUAAGCUACCCUAGUCCGCUACCGUCGUCCACACAUUACGCCUUCAGCUUCAACGUGGCAAUCUUCAUGCCGCUCUUUCUGCUCAUCUCGUUCAUCUUCCCUUCCGCCCUUCUCGUCAAGAACAUUGUGUACGAGAAGGAACAGAAGAUCAAGGAGCAAAUGAGGGCGAUGGGGCUGGGCGACGCCGUGCACUUCAUCUCAUGGGCGCUCAUCUCGCUGGUGCUCAACUUCAUCUCGGUGCUCGUCAUCUCGAUCAUCUCGAAAGUGGCCAAGAUUUUCGAUUACACCGACUACACCCUCCUGCUCUUCGUGCUCAUCCUCUUCCUGUUCGCUUCCAUCGCCAUGUCAAUCUUCUUCUCGACCCUGUUCACCAACGCCAACAUCGCCACCGCAGCCACUUGCGUCCUCUGGUUCGUCUUCUACAUUCCCUUCCAACUCCUCCGCACCGACCGCAUCACUUCUCCGAUCUUCACUCGAAUCUCAGUGAGUUCCUUGAUAACGCAAACGCGCCCCACCAAACUCUUUCAGUUACUCCUCCCUCCAACCGCAAUGGGACACUGUUUCAAACUUCUCGAGUCGUUCAACGCAAUGGAAAAGGCGUCGUGGGCGGACAUUGGCGAGAUGGAAAAUCCGGAUCUCGGGGUGUCGGUCGAGUUGUGCAUGGUCAUGCUGCUGGUGGACACGGCCGUCUUUCUGAUCCUCGCCUGGUACAUUUCGGCCGUCGCGCCCGGAGAAUACGGAGUCCGACAACCGCUUUACUUCCCGUUUACUCUCAAGUACUGGGCGCCCGGAUUAUACCGGAAUCGAGUGGAGUUUGUCGACGACGAACACUUUGAUAUCAUACCGAGUGAGUGAGAGACUUCAAAUCGAGUAGAUCCUCUUUGAUUUCAGCAAGUGACUCGUUCGAUUCGGAGCCAACUAACCUCAAACUCGCCGUGCACAUCAACUCUAUGAGCAAAGUUUAUGAGAACGGCACGAAAGCGGUAAGCUUUUCUUUCUGUGGAAAAUGAUUGAUUGAGUUAUUUAUCAUUUCAGUUGGACUGCCUGAACCUCCGACUCUACGAAGGUCAAAUCACAGGACUUUUAGGACAUAACGGAGCCGGAAAAACUACCACAAUGUAAAUACUUCUUGCUGAUUUACAAUGUUCACUAUUUCUUCAGGUCCAUUCUCUGUGGCCUCUACGCUCCGUCGUCUGGAACCGCCAAGAUCUACUCUCGUGACAUUCGGACCGACCUUCGACGAGUCAGAGAUGUGCUCGGAAUCUGUCCACAGCACAACGUCAUCUUCAGCCAGUCAGUUCUUCAUUCUCUGAAUUUUCUCAUUUCUCUUCCCGAUUUUCAGUCUGACAGUCGCCGAGCAACUUCGUCUGUUCGCCGCGCUCAAAGGAGUCCGAGACGAGGAUUUGGACGCUCAAGUGGCCGAAAUUCUGACGAGCGUCUCUUUGACUGAAAAAGCGGACAAACUGGCACGCACACUUUCGGGCGGAAUGAAGCGGCGACUGUGCAUCGGCAUCGCGUUCAUCGGCGGCUCGCGGUUCGUGAUUCUGGAUGAGCCGACGGCCGGAGUGGACGUGACGGCAAGGAAGGACAUUUGGAAGCUGUUGCAGCGGAACAAAGAGGGCCGCACGAUCUUGCUCUCCACUCACCAUAUGGACGAGGCCGACGUCCUCUCUGAUCGCAUCGCCAUCCUUUCUCAAGGUUCGUGCUCUUCCCGUUGACGUCACACCCUUCCAUUUCAGGCCAAUGCAUCACAAUCGGUUCGUCCGUCUUUCUGAAGCGUCGGUUCGGAAAUAACAUGACGCUGGCGAUGGUGAAGGAGGAUCCGAACAUUGACUACCUCCACGUGGCAAACCAGGUCGUCGAGUUGGGCACCGAAAUCGGAUUGCAGUUCGGAGACGAAAACGAGGAGGAGAUUGUGUUCAAGUGAGUUGCGAGCUAACCGAUCAACCGAAUAAAAAACGUACUCUAGAAUUCCUAUCCUCACCGAAUCGGAGAAAUUGGAAAAGUUCUUCUCGCGACUCGAUGAGAAUCUCGAAAAAUAUCGUCUAGGGCAAUACGGUAUCUCGGCUCCGACGCUUCAGAAUGUGAGUAAAUUCGGAAUAAUUUUACUCAAAAUGAAACUUCAGAUCUUUGUCUCGUUGGCUCCGCAGAAAGAGUAUCAAGUGCCGAAGGUGACCAAGUGUGGAUGGUUCAGACGGAUCAAGGAGAAGUUCUGUCGAUCGUGAGUCUUCAACCUUUGGAAGAUUAUAGACUCAACGCUUUUCAGAAGAAGUGAAGAAGAGCAGAACGAUCUGAUUGCUCAGAAUCCGGCGUUGAUCGAGAACAACAUGCCGCAGAACAACGAGAUCGAGGAGAUCAAGUUCGAAGACUUUGAGAAGCCGGAUCUUCUCACCGGAAAGCGCCUCCUCCUCCAACACUUCUGGGCGCUUCUCGUCUGCCGAACCAACUACACGCUGAAGAGCAAACGGACGUUCCUCUUCCAAGUCAUCAUCCCGCUCUUUUUGCUGGCGUUCACCGAACUCUUCGUCCUGCUGGAAGUCUCGUCCCGUCCCGACCUCAUGAGUUCAAUGCCGGCUCUUCCGCUCGAAACCAGCAUUCUCGGAAAUCACAGCGACUUUUACGUGAACUCGUGGAACACCUCGGAUCGAUCGAUGGCUUCCGACAUUCUGAAGGCCAUGUUUGAGUCGCCAGGGACCGGGCCGAGGUGUGCGAUGGGCGAGCCGACGGACAUGUUGUGAGUACAGUAAUACCCGAUUUUGGGAAAAUGGAAUCUGUUCAGAGUCUCACUGCGUAAAGAACUCUUGUUCAGGAAUCGCUAUGGACCGGGACGUGCGAUGAGUCAACCGGGAAUUCAGAAGAACACUGUGUAAGCAUGAGGAAUAUCGAUUCUACAAUACUCUUUUGUACAGGGAGAAUGAGUAUCAAUGCCAAAACAUUCUGGGAACUUUCGAUUACAACGAGGAUAUCUCGAAUGUCACCUACAACGAACCGAUCUAUUGCGGAUGCGAAGACUUUGGAUGGAAUUGCACAUUGGUAAGUGGUAAAAUGCAUUACGGUCACUAUGAAUUCCGACUUUUCAGGAAGACUGGCCAUGGAGAGAGACGAAUUGGCUUCAGUUGAACUCGACCGAUCGCAUCUUCGACCUGUCCGCAAAGAAUCUGUCGCAGUUCCGGAUGAUCACUCGGACUGCGCAGAUUUCGAAUCAGACUGCUCCGUUCUUGUGAGUCGACCAUCUUAAGAACUCUUCUGAUUCCCACACAUUUCAGCCUCGGAGGAUUCUCUCUGGGCCAUGUGAACAAGAGGGCGCAGACGCAGGAGGACAUUGAUUUGUCGAAGAGCGGAUGGCUUGCUGCUGUCAAAGGUACACAGUUCAUCAGGUUCUUUGAAUACAUUGACGACAAGUUUCAGACGUCUCCGAAGCGUUCCAAAUAAUCUCCCUAAACGUCAGUGAUCUCGAUCCGCCCACUCCGAAAGUGCUGGAUCCGUUCGCGGCGAACAUCACUAUGACCCGAGUGGUAGAUGACGUGCUCCAGAAUCUAGAAGUGAAGGAGAACGUGAAAGUGUGGUUCAACAAUAAGAUAUGGGCGGCGCUUCCGAUCGCCUCGAACAUCUUGACGAAUGCGCUGUUAAGACAAGAGGAUACGAUAGUCGGUAAGUGCUGUGAAAACUGGCAGCAUAUCAUAGUUAUCGGCAGAGAUAUCAAAAAGUUUUCAACUAUCGAAUUGUUCAUUAAGACAUUUCGCACAUUUUAUCCGUUGACGGCUUUUUGAUAUCUCUACAGAUAACUGAGUUAUUUACACAUUGAUAUUUCAGCACCUGAAAACUUGGGAAUUCUGACACUGAACCAUCCGAUGAACAAGACAAUCGCGCAGACUUUGGAUCAGAGCGCCCUAUCGUUCACUCAGGCGCUCGCUCUCUUCCGCAUCACCUGCCUCCUGCUCGUCCUCUCCAUGAUCCCUGCCGGAUUCACCGUCUAUCUCGUCGAGGACCGCGUGUGUGAAGCAUUUCAUCUUCAGAUUGUCGGAGGAUUAAAGAAGAUGACGUACUGGGUGACCAGUUAUCUGUACGACCUGGUGAGCCUAUCAAAUUGUACGUGAAUGAAUUCCUCUCGAUUUCAGACCGUCUACACGUGCGUCAUCCUUGUCGUAAUGCUCAUUUACGUGACGUUCGGAGUGAGCGACUUCACCGCCAACGUCACCACCUUCUGCUCGUUCCUGCUGCUCUUCUUCAUGCACGGAUGCGCGGCCAUUCUCUACGCGUACGUCUUCCAGAAGAGGUUUGCCGUGCCGGCUCUUUCCUUCGUGCUCAUCGCCAUCGGCUCCUACUUUGUCGGAAUUGUGUGCUCGUUGACUAUGAUCAUGCUGGAGCAACUGAUGGUUCAAGUAAGCUCACAAUCUGAAGUCUGAUUCUAUGAUGAUGGUUCUUUAGGAUGCGACUCUCCUGCCUGCACAUAACAUCUGUGCCAUCGUAUUCUUGAUCCUUCCGCAGUACAACCUAGGAAUCGCCAUCUACCGAGGGCUCAUGAUCUAUCAAGUCAGAAAGAUCGGAUCCAACUUUUUGGGUAAUCAGAUUACUUCUUUCCUCGCCUCACGAGAUGCAUUCAUUUCAAUUUCAGAACAAAUAAACCGUCCGGACAUGAUCAGCCAACUGCCUCUUCCCGCUCUCCUGUCUUUCGAUCAGAUGGGACUGCAUGUGAUGUGUCUCUUCCUGCACGUCAUCCUCGCCACCGGAUGCCUGAUAUUCUCGCAGAUGGACGAGUUCUCGUUCAUCCGAAAUAAAGAACGAGGCCUGACGAGCGCAAUGAUGGUGCGAGAUCAGACGAACGACGAGGAUGAGGAUGUGGCGAAGGAGCGGAACCGAGUGGAGAACAUCCCGACUGAUCACAGCUUCGCCCUGGUUGUUCGCAACCUCGCAAAAGCCUACAAUCCGGAGCUGCUCGCCGUCAAAGACAUCUCUUUCGCCGUGGAACCGGGAGAAUGUUUCGGGCUUCUGGGCCUCAAUGGAGCCGGAAAAACGACCACCUUCUCAAUGUUGACCGCCAAGAUUUGGCCAGGACACGGAUCGAUCGAAAUGAGCGAUACUAGGUAUGUCAAUCUAGGAAUGAAGCGCCUCUAGAAACGGAAAUUAAUUCAGAAUCAACUCGGGAUCGUCGUCAGACGUUCGAAACUUCCAACAACUCGGAUAUUGUCCUCAAUUCGACGCGCUGAAUAUGAAGUUGUCGACGAGGGAAAACUUGAAGUUCUACGCCAGAAUACGUGGAAUUGUCCCAGCUCAGAUUGACUCGGUUAGUACAUGAGACUAGUACGUUCUUGUACUUUCCAAAUCCUUUCAGAUCAUCGACCGUCUCCUGGUCGCUCUCCACCUCCGUCCCUACGCAAACACUCAGACAUCGAGUCUUUCGGGCGGAAACCGACGGAAACUCUCCGUCGCCGUCGCGCUUGUCAGCCAGCCCUCGCUCAUUUUCCUGGACGAACCCUCGGCCGGAAUGGAUCCCGGAUCUCAGCAGUUCCUUUGGAAAGUGAUCGAACGGUUGUGCAAGUCCGGCAAAGCGGUAGUUCUCACUUCGCACUCGAUGGAGGAAUGCGAAGCACUGUGCACUCGGAUUGCGAUCAUGGACCGAGGAAGAAUCAGGUGUCUCGGCGGGAAGCAGCACUUGAAGUCAAAGUUCGGCAAGGGGUCGAUGCUGACGAUGAAGAUGGGCAAGAACGAGAACGCGCGCGAGGUGGCGGGAGUGAUCAAAAUGAAGUUGGGCGACGGAGCACGCAUCGAGGCGGUCCACUGCUCGACGGCGUUCGUGCACAUUGAGCAGGGAUCGGCGAGUGUCGCGCAGGUUUUAGAGAUUGUGAAUCAGGUGAGAAUCUCCCUGUGAUACUGUAAUCGAUUCCCUCCUUUAUGUCAGAUCAAACGAACGUACGACGUGGACGACUUCACUCUGACCCAAUCCACACUCGACAACGUCUUCCAGUCCAUAGCCGAACAUCAAGACACGUCAUCCGAAGGCGGCACUCUCUCCUCCAUCAACCGCAAUAACACGUCGUCGACUUACAUGGCCAGCGAUCGUGAUUGA